AUGCCUUACAAGUCCCGCUGGCGGAUUGACAUCCCUCGAUGUUCACUGCCGACAUUUCUCUUCGGAUCCUCUGCCAACCUUCCCCAUGUCCCUUCGAACCCUGAAAAAGUGUGCCUCGCUGAAGCAGCUCGGCCAGAUACCCAUUUCCUAACCCGGGGCACAUACCAGCUCUGGUGUCAACGUUUUGCCCUGGGGCUACAGCAAUCAGGGCUUUUCGAAGCAGGGGAUCGACUUCUGCUUUUCAGCCCGAAUAGCAUUUUUGUACCAGUUGUAUUCAUGGGCACUUUGUUUGCUGGCGGUAUCUUCACCGGAGCAAAUCCAUCCUAUACAGCCCAAGAGCUAGCCUAUCAGUUACGUAACUCAGAGGCUGCUCUGUUGCUAUGUCAUACCUCUAGCAUUGAAACGGGCGUGCAAGCAGCAAAGAUGUCAGGACUGGAUCUAUCACGGGUCUUUGUCUUUGAUGACUCCAUCCUUGACGGCGCAGGGACUCCGUCUCACGGUGCUGGCUACUGGAGCCGCUUGGUUUCCUACGAUCUCAAGAAAGCGGAGCUGUUCGCCUGGCCUGACCUUACCGGUCCUGAAGAAUGGAAUACUACAUUGGCCUUGAAUUAUUCAUCGGGCACUACUGGGCUCCCUAAAGGAGUAGAAGUCACUCAUCUCAACUACAUUGCCAACACAUUACAGACCAGCCAAACAGUCCAAAAUCAUCCAGACUACGAAAAGAGGAGACUCAAUUCCGCAUCUCUUGCAUAUCUCCCACUGUAUCACGCAUAUGGCCAAACCGUGUAUAUCGCUCUCUAUUUUCACCAGGAGCGUACGGCAUACGUAAUGCCAAAAUUCGACUUCAUCAAGAUGCUGGAGUAUUCGGAAAGGUUCAAAGUGUCAGACAUGAACCUUGUGCCUCCUAUUGCUGUAGCCUUGGCCAAACAUCCAGACGUUGAGAAGUACGAUCUAAGCAACGUCAGUUUUCUGGGAUGUGGUGCUGCACCCCUCAGCAGAGAGAUCGCCGAGCAAGUUGAGAACAGGCUGAACAAGAACCGUAAAGAUGAAGAUAGGCUGAACCUGAGACAGGGAUGGGGUAUGACUGAGUGGGUGACAUCUGCUUACAAUGACUGUGGAGGUGGGCUGAUUGAGUCUCCAGAUGUACCUGCUCUCUACUUUACCCGGAUAUCAAUGAAGAGAUUACCACAAAUACUCUACUGGAGAAAUCCGAAAGCCACGGCCGAAACUCUCACUCCGGAUGGAUGGUUGAAGUCGGGAGACAUCGCCUACGUCUCUGAGCAAGGCCAAUUUGUCAUUGUCGACCGUAUUAAGGAGCUCAUCAAGGUCAAAGGUCACCAGGUAGCACCUGCUGAGCUCGAGGCUCUGUUACUUGAGCACCCUGCCAUUGCUGAUGUGGCUGUGGUUGGAAUGUCUACACCUGACGGCGACGAGGCUCCCCGGGCAUUUGUGGUCAGCCAAGGGAAGGUGGACGAGAAAGAAGUCAAGGACUUCGUGGCUUCGAGAGUGGUCAGAUACAAACAUCUCACUGGUGGUGUUACAUUCGUCAACGAGAUCCCAAAGAAUCCGAGUGGGAAGAUUCUGAGGAGGCAACUGAAAGACCGGUACAAGGACACUACAUCUGCAGGAGCAAGAUUGUAG